AUGAACGGGCCAAUCCCGACCCGCCUCGUAUUCCUACACGAGCUCUCAUCUCUCCCUCCACAUACAAAGGUCAGAUUCCUAGGGUGUGUCACGCGAUAUGAUACCGUGCGAGGAAGACUAGAACUUGAACAUAAUUUUCCUCCCUUAUCAAGGAAAGAUAAAAAGCGAAGUUCAUCUAUUGCAUCAAGGAGAGUAUCAGUGGACAUUUGCCACGUUCUCAAUACCAUCACGGGGGGUCAAUUACAAGUCGGCACAUGGCUGAAUAUAUUCGGGUAUAUCAGACUCGAAAUGCAGAGCAAAAAAGACGAAGAUUGUCAUACGCCAGAAGAUGCCAACGGCAGCCAGAUCUAUGUCGAAGCAGUUAUGAUUUCGGAUGCUGGAGCUCUACGUGUUGCGGAAUAUGAGCAGAGUCUUGCGGAUAUGCAAGCAAUUAAUCGAAGAUUGGGACGGGAUACUUGA